UUUCUUUAUCUUCGCUCUCUGUCAUGGUGUAACUAGAUAUCUCAUACUAUAUUUCAGGAGUAUUUCCAUCCAAUGGCACCAAGCUUUUAUAAUUCCAACUGUGGCCCACUUCAGCAUCUCAAUUACCAAGAGAUGGAUGAUAUUUUCCCACUUCAAGCACAACCAGAGCUAGCCAUGGACUUGCUUGGCUUCCAAGGAAACUUCAGUUUCUACCCAGAAUAUGCUUUUGUUGAUCAACCACUCACUGACCCAAAUGAUUUAAGCCUCCCAUACUUAGCCCCACCACCACCAAUACUUGACAACUCCAUUCCCCAAGAACUCGACCAGUAUGCAUACCCGUACCCGUACCCAAAACGUCAGGAGAUCUACGAAGAUGACUACAACUGCAACUACCCGGGUGAAACCUCGUGCUUGGUCGAUGGGUUUUUCCUGAAUCCGCGGCCUCUAGUGCCGGACUUUUCUCCCGGGCUUGAGUUACCUUUGUCUGCACAGAGUGUUGCGGCGAGGAAUAGGAGGAGGAAGAUAACUGAGAAGACUAGAGAGUUGGGGAAGAUUGUUCCAGGUGGAGAAAAGAUGAACACUGCUGAGAUGUUUCAAGCUGCUUCCAAGUAUAUCAAGUACUUGCAGGCUCAACUUGGGAUUCUUCAAUUCUUGGCAUCAUCAAUUCAGGAAAAUGAAGAAGCAUUGCAUAUUCAAGAGCUCAAAGCACUUGCUUCAUCUCCAAGUGUUCAAGAGAAGUUGUACUCAUUGGAGAAGUGUUUGGUUCCCAAAAGCUUGUCUCCAAACUAGUAGUGGCUGAUUUACAAGAGAGAACAAUUCUGUUUUUAUUGCUUCUUUUCUUUUUUUUCUGUUUUUGUUUUGCUUCUGUAGUUAUAUUGCAGUAUUUUUGUUU